CGGCGACCAUAAUACGAUUUUAGCAGGAUUGAAAUCAAGGUUAUCAGCCUAUCUCAGUCCUAUCCCAUUAUCCUCAAUGUAAGAUUCAUCAGUGUACACCGAGAUUGUCUGGUUACUCUUAUUAAAGUCCCCUUCCUAUGAACGUACAACGAAUACAGUGAUCCUGUCUUUACCCGAUGAUCCAACAUGCCAUGGUUUCCGGAGAAUGCCCCCAUGAGUACAAUUAUCACUGUGGUGUGUUGUCUGCUUUUCCUCAGCAUCGGACCAAGCCUAACAGAAGAUAAUUAUAGAGAAAAGAGAAUAGCUAUACUGGGAACCACAGUGAUCCCAGCAGCCUCCGUCGACCUUUCCCAGUUCAACUUUACUGAUCUGGUGAACGGGAUGCUCAGCAAGGCCCUGAAAGGGACCAGAAGCUUUUUCUCCUUCUUGAGUGUGACGUCAUACAGCUCCUUCGCCUUCCAUAAGGUGUCAAUCCUUAUUUAUAACAUUUCUAAUUUGAAAGCUGUAGACUACCACAAAUUUCCCAUGAGGUAUUGCUACUGUUUAAACAACAGGACAAAUGACUUGGCAGAUUACACACUGUUGCUACUAGAUAUCAUUGGAAAUUCAUCCAGCUCACUUAAGGAACUCUUCAAAUCUACUUCCAUUGUCUCAGUAAGCCAGAGCAAUGAGUCAGAUUGCAUAUAUUUCUGUGUGAUGACAGGCAGAACAGGAAGAAAUUUAUCUGACCUCUGGGAUUUGACACAGAAGUCGCCUGUCGUCAAUCUCACCUUCCCCCAGAAUUUCUCCUCCGCGCUGGAUUUAGAUUCUAUUCUUCCAAACUUGAUCACGUCGGCUGAAAACACAGAGUUUAUUAUGAACAUUCCGACAAAACUGUGGACGCUGAGUACAUCUUCAAGUGCUUCUGACGGUGACCGAGCUAUCACCAAACAUUUUAAAGGACAUUAUGACCCUGGGCAUAGACUAUCUUCUACAACCAAGACUUCUGUUUCUCCUAUUUCAAGACAAAAACAAGACAUUACUUUAUGGCCCACUCAAGAAAUUCCAUCCAAAGGUCAAAACUUUCUUCACUCCCAGUUACCCCUCGUGAUGCAUGGAGUUGUCUCAAAAGAAAACAAAAUUUUUCCAACCAGAUCCUCUUCACUGGUAGGAACCAUUGCACAAAAAGGACAACACCAAGCUUCGGACAAAAUAUCUCUGUAUCCUCACAACGCUUUAAAGGAAUAUAGUGUGUCUUUUUUGAGUCAAAAAACACAAGAUGGGUCUUCAAUGAGACUGCCAGGUUGGACAACGAUUGCUGCUUUGGAAAUGUUGCAAAGACCCUACACUAUAAUGCCCCUGUGGCCUGGACAUAGUCUACAGGGUAAUAUUAACUCUGUUACUGAAAGGAUGCCUACACCUGAGGGACACUUUCCAAGUACGCAGAGAGGCCUCCCAACAAGGACAUCUUCCACAAAUGUCUCCCGAGGGAAUGUUGACACUGUACACACGCUAGUGGCCACUUUGGUUAAAACCAUUUCUCCCUCCCAGUAUGGAACCCCUGUGGAUAUGGUGCCACUUAGAGCAGACAGUGACAUUUUUGACAAACAGAAAGACUUCACUACAAAAAGUCUUCCCUGGUCACAAUUAACAAAUGGAAAAAAGGCCAAUGAUCCCUCCGGGACUCUUUCUUCUUUGGAAGCUCGUCUACCUCAGGUCCAGCCCACGAUGGAUGGUCCCAGAAAGUCUUUGUAUGCUUACACCCAGUCACGAUGUCGGCAGACCAAGCUAACGGCGACUGGCCUUUCUGUCGCUUCUCUCAUUCCAAAAGUAAAUGCGUGCGUUAUGGAACUCUGUAGGUUUUUCCAGCAGUGUCUAUGUGCUAGACAAGAAAAGUAUUCAAGACACAAGAACAAGAGGCAAUGUACAAAGUACUAUCCCUGGUACCUGAAAAAUGCCACUUACAUCUGUGACAAAGUUCAAAGAAAUCCACAUAGGCGCAAAACCACAUAUGCUCAAGAAUCCGGAGUCUCCCCUGUUUUAUCAGAACUUACUGAUCUACCGUUAAGAAACAUUAAUAACUUUACCUUCAAUGGAGUCUUCAAAAAUAUAGAGGGUGUUUCAUCAUUUCUUGAUUGCCUUGGUUCCCACUUUACUUGGUUACAAGUUAUAUUUACAAAUUUUCCUGCGCUGCUUAAUUUUGUGAGCAAGUUGAAGUGUGUGACCGGGCUAUGCCCCAAAGACCUGGAGGAUUACGGCUGCGCCUGUAGAUACGAGCUGGAGGGGCUUCCUGUAGAUGCGGCUGACAGCUGCUGUUUCCAGCAUCGGAAAUGUUAUGAAGAAGCUCAGGAGAUGGACUGUGCCUGGGACCCAUCCCAAAUUGUUGCAGAUGCCAGCUGCCUCUCAAAGAACAUAACAUGUGAGUCUGGCCACGAAUGUGAGAAACUCCUAUGUGACUGUGACAAAGCUGCCAUUGAGUGUUUUGUGAACACGCACAUUAACUCCUCAACAAAAGGAAUGGAUAUCGCCUUCUGCCCAGCUCCUGUUACAGUUUUCCCAGAAACUACAGUCAAGAAAAGUGAGAUGAUGUUGGAUUCAAAAUCACAGCAAAAUAGAAGUGUGGAUACACCUUAUGUUGCAACAGAAGAAGGAGAACAGAUUGGUUUGCAAAUUGACGUGACCGCAUUCCCUUCCGCAGAAGAGAUAAUCACACCGGUUACAAGUGCUGCCAGCGGAGACACCGUGAUAUCUGCCUCUGGAACUCCAGGUGAUGCAGACAGCAACAUAACGCCAGCAGAUGAGAGCACUUUCCAACCAUCUGACAUUACCUCCACAAAGUCAGAUUUGAAAUUAGCAGAAGAAAGUACACAGGAUUCUGCCGCAUCCCCCCUGUCUGCUGCGACACGCAGCCACGCUCCGGAAUCAAUAGAACAAGUGUGUGACAGGUUUCACUUCCACAAACUGAAAGACGACGGAAAUGUGAUGAGCGAGUUACCGCUGCUGGGGGAAAUGCUGUACUGUCUGACGGGCCGGUGUCCCGAGGAGUUUGAAUCGUACGGCUGCUACUGUGGACAUGAAGGGAAAGGGAACCCGCGGGAUGUAUUGGACAGCUGCUGUUUCUCCCAUCAAUGCUGCAUAGAACAUCUACAGAGAAUAGGCUGUUUAGCAGACAAGAACAUCAGGUCGGAGGUCGAGUGCGUGGACCAAACGCCUACAUGUAUGGGGUGGAGCAUUUGCGACAAGCUGCACUGUGCGUGCGAUAAGGCGGCUGCCGAAUGCAUGGCCUCCGCUCCAUUGAAUGCCACCAUAAGGGCAGUGAGCAGGAGGCAAUGCCAGGAGGAAGAGCAGGUGCUGUGCAGUAACGCAGGAGGCGAGGAGAAGCCGGAACGGACUUUCGGGACGCACUCUGUGAGCUCCAGCUCAGAAGAAAGCAGCGAAGAAGACAGCCCCAUGAGAGACAUCGUGAGGUCCGGACACUCCAGAUCCCCGUUGCCAAGAGGAGGAAGACGGACACGCUCUCUGUAUUUGGGAAAUUAAUAGGAGGCGGCUCAUAUUGUAAAAGAUGAAGAUUAGAAUUUUUCAUUUGUAUAUUCAUAGAGAGCAGAUAGCAUUGACUUCAAUGGAAGAAAAUACCAUUUUGAGCAUUAAAGGGUUAGGUCAUUGGGGGGUAUGGCAAUGAAAGGCUUGGUAAAACAUGCGCUGGGAAACGGAUAAAACGCAUGGAAAUAGAUGCUCUAGGCGUGUUUUAGUUACGAGGACUCCACGCAUUUUGCUUUUACUAAUACAAACUACUAUACUGGUAGCGCAUGUUAACGCCAUGAGUAAAAUAUAUUGUGCUGUAUAAAUACAACCGUAAUAAUGUAGUAUACAAUAUAGGGAGUGAGCACAUAGGAAACCAUGGGGCAGAUGUAUUAACCUGGAGAAGACGUAAGGAAGUGAUAAACCA